AUGUCUCAAUUGUUGAGCUUGUGCUACUUACGCCGCCGGGAGGGCCAUGAUGACCAGGACCACCAGGACCGCCAGGAGGACCCCCGGGAGGGCCACCAUGAGGGCCAGGGCCAUGAGGACCAGGAUGACCGAAAGAACCAGGAGGCCCCUGAUGUCCAGGGGGAGCAUGCUCUCCAGGGGGUCCCUGGGGCCCUGAGCCAUUAUUCCAAGGACCUCCGGGACCCCCAGGGCCUCCUGGUCCAGGCUGGCCGGGUUGACCCCAGCCUUGUGGGUUGUGAGGACCUCCUUGAGGCCCAGGGGGAGGGGGGCCCUGAGGCUGGUGGUGUUCGGGGUGGUGAUGAUGAUGAUGAUGCGAGAAUAGUCCCAUGGUGA